AUGAGAACAAUGAAGUUUGUGGAGAAGUUCUUUAAAAAGGGAUCUAAGAUUAGAUAUAAAGACGUGAAAGCGAAGCUACUUAAAAUGGAAGCUGGCAGAGAUAAGUUGAACAUGGUGGUCCUGUUCUUUUUGUCAAGCAUUAUUAAAGGCUUGGUCAAGACUGGUAGAUAUGCUCCUUCUGUGGACCCAUUCCUACUGAGAGCCGUCAGUGAUCUUGAGUUAUGCCGGACAUUUCCUUGGGGGAGAUUGUCAUUUGAUCAUAUGCUUCAACAGAUCACUCACACAAUGAGUCAUUUUGGAGGGUUUGUUAAGGAGGGUGAGAAGAGUCCAAUAUUAUGGCCGAUAGGUGGUUUCUGCAUUCCUUUGGAGCUCUUACCUGUUGAGCCAAUUGCAGCAUUGGGGUUGAAGUUCCGAAAACCUGUUGCCGGUGCACAUGAAAAUUGUCCUAGGAUGUGCAGAUCAAAGUUCAAAUCAUGCGAGAUGAAAGGGUUUUCGUUAGAACAAAUAAAUGCCGAACUUCGUACAACUAAAUAUAUUGAGAGUAUACUGAUUCCAUCCCGCACCGAGAAAGCUCUCCUGCGCGAAAUCACUGAGAAGAAAGAAGAUGAUAAGCAUUGCGUCGUUGUCCAAAGUUGGAUGGAUCGUCUUGGUGAAGGAUUUACCGUAUUCUUUGAGAAUAUGUUCAAAGAAGAUAUAGAUGCCAGGGUCAGAGAAGUACCUGCGAAUGUGGCGGUCGAAGAUGUUGACCCCAUUGAACCACCGGUGAACGGCCCAUCUGCAUCAUUGGUAGAUCUCAUUGACCGCAUGAAGAAAGAAAUGGAUGAGCGUAUGACGAAAAUGGAGGAAAAGGUUGAUGGGUUGGUUGACAAGGUUGAUGGGUUGGUGGAAAGGAUUGCCCCGUUGGAAGCUUAUGUGAAUGAGCAAUCGGCAUAUAUGAGGACGUAUGAGGAGAACAUCGUUCAUGGGAAUUCACAGGACAAGGAAGGCGAUGAUGGCAUAGACAAAUCACAGGACAAGGAAGGUGAUGGUGGCAGAGAGAAAGAAGGCGAGCCCGGAAAGGUUUUAGGCACCGAUGUUGAAGGUAAUGUGGAGAAAGAAGGAGGAAAAAGUGGUGACAGUGUUGCAGUAGGGGAAGAACCCGUGAAGGAGAAGGAGACUGUGGAAGAGAUGUCAAUCGCUUCUCCUUCUCCUGAACGACCAAAGUUUCAUCUCACUAAGCAAAAAUCCAAGCGAGAGAAGGCUGAGAAGCUCUUAGAGGAGGCUAAGCAGCCGAGGAUGUCUAUAAGAGUAGCUGAGAAGGCUGAGAUGGAAAAGAAGAAGGCAGAAGAAAAGGCUGAGAUGGAAAGGAAGAAGGCAGAAGAAAAGGCUGAGAAGGAAAGGAAGAAGGCAGAAGAGAGGGUUGAGGAGGAAAAGAACUAA